AUGGAGAUGCUACGGCCUCGAUGGCUACGCGAUAAUGCAGAACAGGAAGGCGAAGCACUCCUUACAGAAAAGAAGCACUGGCACGACGCCUUCACAGCUGGCCCGCGCGGGCUGUUCAAGCUGAGGUUGCACAGCAUCGGGUCCCUUUUUGCUCAAUCGCCGAGCUUACACGAAUCCUCCUACCUCGAUGGCCUUCGCGGAGUGGCGUGUCUCUUUGUCGUCUUUCACCAUGUUACGACGGGGUUCUAUCCAUGGCUGGAGAUGGGAUAUGGCGCCCCCGAUCCCACUCUCAACUCUGGAGGCGAACCGCUACCCAAUUUCAGCCUACUUUCUCUGCCUAUUCUUCGACUGAUUCACUCCGGUGGAGCCAUGGUUGACAUCUUUUUCAACAUCUCAGGAUAUGUGCUCUCUCUAAAGUCUGUGAAGAUGGCAAGGGAAAACAACAUCGCUGGCUUGUACGAGAGCCUCGGUGGCAGUGUUUUCCGCCGAGGACCUAGGUUGUACUUCCCGAUGUUCGCCGUUGGCCUGUUCGCUGCUAUAGCCGCCCAAAUCGGCCUCUGUCACCCAUAUUUCUACCUUUGGAGGUACCCAGUAUCGGGAAGCAUGUACUGGCAGCUCAAAGUCUGGUUCUGGAAUAGCAUGCGCUCCAUCUCAUACUGGACAGUGGGCAAUCCGUGGGAGCCUGUAUUUUGGACAAUCCCAGUUGAGUUUAGAGGCAGCAUACUCGUCUUUGUAACUCAAAUGGGACUCGCUAGACGCUCGCCAAGGUUGCGUCUAAUCUUCCUUGUGGCUAUGAUGCUGUUCUGGAUGUGGCACCAAAAUCCUUCCGAAUGGAUGUUCAGUGCAGGCAUGGUUUGCGCUGAGCUGCACUUCUGGCACACCCCGAUUCAACCCUCGCGCACGGCUACAAGCACUAUGCCCGAUCUCGAGCCCGGUCACAAGCCAACCCAAAACAAUCGCAGGAAUCUUCGCCGAGAAGCUGGACUAUCUAUGAUCCUUGUCAUUCUACUUUACCUCCUCAGCACCCCUGAUCCAGGACAUGGACAAACUUUGUCAUAUGGUUACCAAACACUGACUACAACACUGACACUCCCUCAGUAUCGAGGUUGGGCACCGAUGUCGGCUGACAGCUUCUGGCCCUGUGUAUCGGCAUUCUUCUUGGUCUUGCUCCUAGACUUCGCAGGAUCUACAUCGUAUCUCCAACAAUUAUUCUGUACGCGACUCGCUCAGUGGCUCGGCAAGGUCAGCUUUUCGAUGUACCUGUGGCAUCACGUAGUGAUGCAAAUGAUUUUUUCGCCUGCGGCGAAAGCUGUUGCUGAGUAUUACGGGAUCCUUAACCCAUGGGUGCCGAGCUACCAAUCGGGAGCAAUUGUGAUCGGCGUAGGCUUACUUUGGUUCCCAAUACUGGCCUGGAUCAGCGAGAUCUCGACGCGUACACUAGAUGUGUGGGGCAUCAAGCUCGCGAGGAAAAUGAUGGACUGGUAA